AUGCACCGGCGGUACUUCGUGCUCCGCGCCGCCUCGGAGCGCGGCCCAGCCCGCCUGGAGUACUACGAGAGCGAGAAGAAAUUCCGCGGCAAAGCCCCAAUCCCGAAGAAAGCGGUGGCGCUGGAGACGUGCUUCAACAUCAACAAGCGGGCCGACUCCAAGAACAAGCACAUGAUCGUGCUCUACACCCGGGCCGAGAGCUUCGCCGUGGCCGCGGAGAACGAGGCGGACCAGGAGGAGUGGUACCAGGCCAUGGUGGACCUUCAGUGCAAAAGUAAGAACCCCACUGACAGCGGGACUGCAGGGGACUAUGGUGUUCCCAAUCCUGGGCCUGCAUUCAAAGAGGUGUGGCAGGUGAAGGUGUGGCCCAAAGGCCUGGGUCAGGCCAAGAACUUGGUGGGCAUCUACCGCCUUUGCCUAACUGACAAGACGAUCAGCUUUGUCAAGCUCAACUCUGAUGCUGCUGCCGUGGUGCUGCAGCUGAUGAACGUGCGACGCUGUGGCCAUUCAGAAAACUUCUUCUUUGUCGAGGUGGGACGUUCUGCCGUGACAGGCCCGGGCGAGUUCUGGAUGCAGGUGGAUGAUUCGGUGGUGGCCCAGAACAUGCAUGAAACCUUGCUAGAUGCCAUGAAGGCGCUGAGUGAGGAGUUUCGUCAACGAAGCAAAUCUCAGUCGAACUCUGGCCCUGGAGGAGGCGCUACUGCUUCUAACCCUAUCAGUGUUUCCUCACGCCGCCACCACCCAAACCCUCCUCCCAGCCAUGUGGGCUUCAUCCGCAGGCCUCGAACUGAACCUCCUGGAGGAACUAACAGUGGAGUAGGAGGCAGCACUGCCAGUGCUUCUCCCACUCCACGGCAUAGCUUCCCAAGGUCUCGCACUGCUAGUGAUGGGGCUAAGGGAGAGGAUGGAAUAGCAGGGACUGUGUCACUCCAAGGGCUGAGCUCCAGCCCCUCCACCAAUGGCUCUUGCUCCACAACCCCAAUUCUCAGUUCAAAGUCAGUCCGUUCAGCCCCCAUCACAGCUGCUAAAACCCCUCUUGGGCUGAUGCGCUCUAUCUCCACCCCAGUGCCCUCCUCAGCCUCAAGCCUCCCCUCAAGCUCUGGGCAUAGUUCUGAGUUUGGGGUUGUACCAUCAUCUGCUGGUGUUGGUCAAGGGUCUGGUGCCUACAGUCAUGUCCCCUCCCAUCGUGCUUCUGUUUCAGGCUCACCCAGUGACUACGGUUCCUCGGACGAGUAUGGAUCUAGUCCUGGGGAUCACACACAUCUCCCCUCUCCAAGCCUCCCUGGAAGCUCUGUUGAUAGCAUUGGCAGCCAGUCCCUUAGUGAGGAGGGUGCCAACUAUAUCCUGAUGGGUCAGCAUAGUGGUGGUGGCAGCAGUAAUCAAAGAGGUUUGACAUCCAGCCCUCUGCCAGCACCAGAAACGCCAGUCUGUGGGUCCCAGCCCCAGACCAAGAGAGUGUUGCGUCGCUCCUCCAGCCGUGAAUGUGAAGCUGACCGUAGGCUUCUGAGCAAGCGAGCUUCCUUACCGCCUAUGACCCUGGAGAGGCUGGCCCCACGUCAGCGUAGAGCUGAGGAGCCUGCAGAUGAUUCAUUUUAUUAUGCAGUCAUGUCAAGGAGCACCAGCCGCGAGUCCUUUUCUUCCACCUCUUCUUCCACACAGAGGGAACCUGUUAUAGGUGCUGGGUCCACAGGGGGAGGAGGAGGGUACUUGGAUGUGGCAGGGGAGUUCAAAGGUGAAGUGGGUGCUGGAGAAGGUGGUAGUGUAGAUUUAAGUGUGGACAAUGGGUACAUGUCCAUGCUGCCUGGUGUCACUCAGCCGCCAGUAUCUUUGUCUCAGUCACAGGUUGUCUCUGUCCCAGGAUCAGAUUCCAGACCUGCUGAUGAUUACAUGGCCAUGACACCUAACAGCAGUGUGUCCCCUCCACAGCAAAUCCGGCCACCAACUUCUGACGGCUACAUGAUAAUGUCCCCCAAUAGCAGCUGUUCCCCUGACCAGCGUGGAGGUCUCUCUGGAGAGGCGUGGGUGGGGAGUGGCAGUGCAGACAGUAGGGCAGGCAGUGACUAUAUGAACAUGUCUCCAAUCAGUGCACUUUCUGUAAGUGACAGCCCCCCAUCUCUUGAGCACACUAGUCAUUUGGAGACCAGUUCACAACAGCAAGCCCCAAAGAUGGUGUAUUCUUACUAUUCACUUCCACGGUCAUACAAACAUAACCCAUCGUCUGGACACUUCGAUGAUGGGCUUGGACGAGCCAGAAGGCCAAAUGGGAGUUUUAACAGGGGAAUGUGUGGAGGUAGGACUAUGGGAGGUCGUCAGGAUCAACCAGUAGGAGGCAAUUCAGUGGCUGGGUGCCACCUGUCAUUCUCCUCAUCCUCAUACUCCUCCAGCUCAGCCAGCAGCGAGAGCCUUGGGGAGAGCGAGGACAGAGCUACCCAGGCAAUGAGCACAAUGGCUGUGGGAACUCAGGCUAGAGAUGGAAGUAAGCUCCAGCAGAGAUGGGGCUCUGGUGGGUUGUCCAAGCAGGGUAGCCAUACUAGAAACAGACCGGUGAGCCUGUUUGUUGAUGUAUCCAAGGCUAACACCCUCCCAAGGGUCCGUGAGAACCCUCUACCCCCAGAACCUAAGAGCCCUGGAGAGUAUGUAAGCAUUGAGUAUAAGGGGGAGAAGUGCAGCCAGACUGGAGUUGGAGGAGGACGUGGCAGGGGUCUCAGGCAUGGCUUAUCACUGCCUCAUGGCUCAAGCAGUCAUCAUCCUCAACACAGGCCAAUUUCUUGCUUAGGGGAUUUUAUUCCGAUCUCCCCUAGCCCCUCUGCCCCCAUCAGUCCCCCAGCUGCAUCCGAAUAUGUCAACAUGGACCUGGGCCCUUCUCCAUCCCCCUCACCCCUCUCCCUUACCCCUCUAGUUUUCCCCUCUUUCCACACGCCUCCUACACCUCCAACUCUUGUUCAUGCCCCCAAAGCCAGUGAUGAGUGUACUUCUGGUCCUUGUGAAGAGGCAGCAGAAGAGGCUGAAGCCCCACUAAGGAGAAGCAGGGAAAAUAUUCCAUCAGUGACUGAGUCUGAGUCCCCUACAUCCUGUGGAGACUACACAGAGAUGGCCUUCAGCUUGAAUAGCAACACCAUCCCUAGGUUAUCAUCCAGUGUCUCCCCCAAAGACUCUUCCCCCACCAGGACAGUUCCAGUACUGUCACGUGGUCUAGACUUUCCCCUAGUCAAACCGGGACUCAACCUAGAUCACGGGGCUAAAGUUAUCCGAGCUGACCCCCAAGGACGCAGGCGACAUUGCUCAGAAACCUUUCUUGCUUCACCUUCCCUCCCCACGUCUACGUCAACGUCUACUUCCUCUUCUUCCACUGCCUCUCUCUUUCCAGAACAUGCUCAAGCUGUGGCCCGUCGGCUGGGCUUUGAAUCCAUGCUGUGGGGGAAUGGUGCUGUAUCUGAUACCCCUACUCAGGUUCUCCUUCCUGGACAGCAGCCCCUUCCCACAAACACUCAGACUUUGACCACAGAGCAAGGGCUUAAUUACAUUGACUUGGACUUGGCCAACAAAGAAAGUCCCCAUUUCCCCCAUUUGGGCUUAGAUGGACCUUCAGGUAACCAGGCUCCUUCUCGCCUCUUCUCUGCACUGGGUGGAGGAUCGGGGAUCGGGGGAGCGGGCACAGCACGCAGCAGCAGCAGCAGCAGCUCCAGCCUUAACACAUACGCCAGCAUCGACUUCUACAAAUCAGAGGAGCUGCGAACGCACCAGAAUGGAAACAAGGAGGGAACAGGUUUUCCGACACCCCAUGUUGCUGAUAGGUGUGGCGGUCGUGGUAGGAUGUGGCCAGAUAUGGGCACCCAGCAGGGAUGUCACGGUGCGCUGACACGGCUCCGUCACCGCAGUGAGGCGAGACAUUGAGCCGCAGUAAAAGACUUCCAGCUGUGUCAAAGUGUGGUGUGAGACCGUGAGGGCUGAACCUUGUUCCUGUGUGUGGUUUGAUGUCUGACGAACAGAAGGCGGCGUGCGUCAUGCUUGUGUUACCUUGGUGACAACCAGUGGGGGGAAAAAAGCCAUUCAUUCAUUGCCUCCUAUGUCUCUUCACUGUCUUUUCCUCCCUCACUCCAUCUCUUUGCUUCACUCCCACCAUGUUAUCACCAUCUGCUUUUGUUCUCACUCUUUCUGCCAAGACCUUGGUCAGGCCACACUACCCUUCUCUCACACCAUGUCAGUUCUUACACACACACACACACACACACACACACACAGCUGGAUCUUUCUGCCUGCUCUCUCUAAUAGCUGCAGAAGAACGAUGUUCGUCUUUGACAGCACAUCCACGAGGUCAGGGCGAGAGAGAGGACCUGAGUGGCUUCAUUCUUGUGCUCAUCACAUGAAGCCUGAAGAGGAACAGAUCAGAGGAACACAGGGUGUGUGUGGCUUUGUGUACAAUGCCGAUAAUUCCACACACCCAGGUAGGUUCAGAAUGUAGCAGACUCAUCCUUUGGUCUAAUCUGCAGCCAUCACAAGCCAUACACACCUGACUCAUCAAUUCCUGGCUUAUCACUAAACCUAAGUUAAAAACACGCCCACACUUUGUGUGAAUGUUGUAUCUACAACUCGAAAGAUCUUCUGAUAUACUCUGGAGUUAGUUUUCUCUAACCGCUGCUCUAAGUCCUUGUGAGCAUGACCACAUACUGGAAAACCCUGUUCUGGCUUCCACUUCAUUUCAGAAUUGAUUUUAAGUUUUUGGGAUUUGUUUUUAAGGCACUUCAGUGGCACAAGCCCGUUAGAUCCCUUCAGCCCCUUUCUUUUAAAGGUCCAAAAGCAUAAAGCAAAGCAAAGUUUAUUUCUAUAGCACCUGUCUAAAAAUACUUAACA